UUUUCCCACCUUGCGACGAAAAGAAGAAUCCAAGGGAAAUGCUGAAUUUAGAGGCCAAGUGUGAGGAUGUGUGUGUCAUUGCUGCAGCACGCGGGCAAGCUCUCCGGCUCAAGGUGGGAACAACUCACCUCAGCUGAAGAGGAGACAGAGCUCCGGGAACCAUCCCAGUGUUUCUUUUUGUUUUUUCCUAAAGUGGACUGCAGCCCCGAUGUAUCUUGAGAGCGUGAAAACUCAGAGAACCUUCUGCCAGGUUUGCCUCAGCAGGCAGGAGACGGAGCAGACGGCAGCUCUGCAUGUGUCAUGUUAGAGGCAGGACACUUGCCUGCACCCCCUGCCCCUGGAACACUCGGACAAAAUCUUUAACCUGGGCCCACAGGAGUGAUACGAGCAGCGGUACUGAUUUGUUUAGACAUUUGUGAAGUCAAAGGUUCGACUCCCAAAGUCAAGCCCCGCGGAAACCAGGGUCAGGAUGCAAGUGUCCUUCGCCUGCACCGAGCACAACCUCAAAAGUCGCAGCGAGGACCGACUUUGUGGCCUCCGCACCGCUCCGCCCCCGGGAGGCAGCAGCGGAGGAGUAGGAGGAGGUGGCGGUGGAGGAGGGGGUGGUGGCAGCGGAGGUGGUAGUGGUGGAGGAGCGGGCGGAGGAGGCGGCGGAGGAGGGAGCGGACAAGAGCGCAAUGGCAACUACACGUCGCAAGGGUCGGUCAAGGCCAGGGAGGGCCCCGGACCGCGCCAGACCCCUCAGGGCCACGCGCACAUGAAGGAGGCCAUCGGGCGCCACACUAGUAUGAAGUACAGGAACCUGGGCAAAUCCGGCCUCCGUGUGUCUUGCCUUGGCUUAGGCACAUGGGUGACGUUUGGAUCACAAAUAUCUGACGAGAUGGCAGAAAACCUGAUGACUUUAGCGUAUGAGAAUGGGGUCAACCUAUUUGACACCGCAGAGGUUUAUGCUUCUGGAAGAGCAGAGAUCACACUGGGGAACAUAAUCAAGAAGAAAGCAUGGAGACGCUCUAGUAUUGUCAUCACUACUAAGAUCUACUGGGGUGGCCAAGCCGAGACAGAGCGAGGGCUCUCCAGAAAGCACAUCAUUGAAGGUUUAAGAGGAUCCUUAUCAAGACUCCAGCUCGAUUAUGUGGACAUCGUUUUUGCCAACAGAAACGAUGUCAACAGUCCAAUGGAAGAGAUUGUGCGGGCCAUGACGUUUGUCAUCAACCAGGGCAUGGCCAUGUACUGGGGCACCUCACGCUGGAGUGCCAUGGAAAUCAUGGAAGCCUACUCUGUGGCCCGCCAGUUCAAUUUGAUACCACCUGUGUGCGAGCAGGCAGAGUAUCACUACUUCCAGAGGGAUAAAGUCGAGGUGCAGUUGCCUGAGCUCUACCACAAGAUCGGUGUUGGAGCCAUGACCUGGUCACCACUGGCGUGCGGAUUAAUCACUGGGAAGUACAGCGAUGGAGUGCCAGAGUGCUCCAGAGCAGCAAUGAAGGGCUACCAGUGGCUGAGGGAGCGAGUGAACAGUGAGGAGGGGCGCAGGCAACUGGCUAAAAUCAAGGAGCUCCACCUACUGGCAGACAGACUGGGAUGCACAGCCGCACAGUUGGCCAUCGCAUGGUGUCUUCGCAGUGAAGGAGUCAGCUCGGUGCUCCUGGGUGUUUCAAAUACAGACCAGCUGCUGGAGAAUCUGGGCGCACUGCGGAUUUUAUCCCAAAUGACCCCACAAACAGUCACAGAGAUGGACGCCGUGCUGGGAAACAAGCCCCACUUGAAGAAGGAGUCUCGCGCUUGAACAUCCCGCAAGAAGAAUGACAAAGAAGACAAAAACUUUGCUUUUUCCUCUGCUGUAUACUCAACAACUUGCAUGUCCUCAGCAACAUUAUGCUUCCGGAAUGAGCGCAUCAACCAUUGCGCGCAGUACACCGUCUCAUGUAUGGGGAGAAAAGAAAAAUCUCGCAGUUGUUAAUCAGAACAAAAGCAGCUCAUAUUAAUACUCAUUGACAGGAUAAUUGUGUCUACAGUAGAGAAGUUCCAAGGCUAUAGUGAGAGGUCACAAAAAGCAAAUAUGGACUUUUGCUAUGAAAAGGGGGAAACAACACACAGCCUCUGUGCUUAAAUGCAACCUGACUGAGCUAGUGGUGCAUUUGCCGCAAGUGGGAGUCUCCAGCCUCCCUCCAACCGCACAUUUUUAUGGUCUGAACUGUGCGGCCAGCAGAAAAAGAUGCAUCAAGAGGGACAGUGGUUAGUUCAAAUUUGACGUCCCCAACAUUUGCCAUUGUGUGCAUGCGACUGGUCUGGCAAACAUUCACUGCUUUACCAAGUUGGGCACAGUGGAUCACUUGUGAGGUUAAAAAAAAUAGGAUGAACACAUUACUUGCUUUUUAGAAAUAGGCGGAUUAUUCAGAGGUAUGAAAAAAUGCACUAAAGAACACAAGAAUAUAGUUUACAAAGUUUGGCUGCGAAAUCCCGAUCUUGAUGAAAAUGAAUGCAUUUAAAAAAAAUAGCUGAGAGUUUGAAGUUUUUGAGUUAUCACUCGUAUUUCCAUGCAUUAUUUUUAAUGGAGCGGUGUGUUCACCCUCUGAGAACAUUUUCAAACACAGCUGGUCUUUCGCAGUCUUUUUUUUUUCUUGCCUCCUCUGUUCCUCAAUUGUCCGCAUGUCCCUUUAAGAAAGAAAAUCCUCAAGCCUGACUUUAAGGCAAAGGAUCAAAGAUCUACAUCCCGAAAUGAGAAGAAACAAGACUAUUUGGGACCACCAAUUGUAAAAGUCUUGCAAAGAUGACAAGGGGUGAUAGUUAGCUAAUGUAUGCUGAGGGUUUUAUUUUUGGUUUGUUUUUGUUAUUUUUUAAACAUGGAAGCCUUUUAUAACUUCAUCUGUCUGGGAAUUUCUGUGUUGGUUUUCUCGAUUCUGAGCUUUGGAUACUCUUGUUUUCAUGCCUUUUCCUUUGGUUUUCUAUGACAUCUAUGUAGAGUUAUGGGCUGUGUUCCUUUUGUCAAUUCCCAUGAAAAUAAGCGUCAUCAGGAAACUUGAGUGGGGAAUGUUUGGGUGACUUGUUCAGGUUGGCGCACAAUUAAAGUGUAUAUAGGCCCAACCUGUUUGGCUGCACUGCAAACAGGUUCAUCAAGGAAACAUGAAGGACUUAUCCUCUCUUACUCUGUGACCGUCUAUACAGUCCGACUGCGUCCAGUGUACAUGAACUGUUCAAUCCAUUUUAUGAAAAUGUAAACUUUGCCUGCAUAACUUCUAUUUUACUGUCUUGCAACAAAGAGAACGCGCGAUGAGGGGCAACAAUUCAUGCUGAACAUGCUGAAUGUAACAUGUCUGUUGCGGUGUCUACAAAGAAAGCGCAUUACAUGAUUUAAAGGGUCAUCUCUGUUGUUUUUGUCUUUUUAACAACAGAAGGCGUUCACAUCAUCAAAAGGUUGUCCAGGGCUCAUGUAUAUGCACAUCCUGCUAGGAUACGAUUACUGUAUGUU